UCCUUGGCUCUCGGGGAGGAUGGACCCAGCUCCGCGAUCGCCCGGGCUUCCCCGGGCUGGAGAGCGCGCUUGAGUGCCGCCGCCCGCCGGGCAUGGGGAGCCGCUUCCCGGGCGGCUGCGGCAGCGGAGGAGGAUGCUCGCGGCGAGCCGAGCACUCGAAAGGAGUGAAUGAAAUGUGCAGCUCGGGGCGUCAUUUCUGAAGGGAGGAGUUGUUCUCUUGGAGAGGAGUCCUCCAUGAGCCUGGCCGAGGCCCUGGAUCUGUGUGCAGUGGACUAAGGAUUUAGUAGGAUGUCAACUGAGACAGAACUUCAAGUAGCUGUGAAAACCAGCGCCAAGAAAGACAGCAGAAAGAAAGGUCAGGAUCGCAGUGAAGCCACUUUGAUAAAGAGGUUUAAAGGUGAAGGGGUCCGGUACAAGGCCAAACUGAUCGGGAUUGAUGAGGUUUCCGCAGCCCGGGGAGACAAGUUAUGUCAAGACUCCAUGAUGAAACUCAAGGGCGUUGUUGCUGGCGCUCGUUCCAAAGGAGAACACAAACAGAAAAUCUUUUUAACCAUCUCCUUUGGAGGAAUCAAAAUCUUUGAUGAGAAGACAGGGGCUCUUCAGCAUCAUCAUGCUGUUCACGAAAUUUCCUACAUUGCAAAGGACAUCACAGAUCACCGGGCCUUUGGAUAUGUCUGUGGGAAGGAAGGGAAUCACAGAUUUGUGGCCAUAAAAACAGCCCAGGCGGCUGAACCUGUUAUUCUGGACUUGAGAGAUCUCUUUCAACUUAUAUAUGAACUGAAGCAAAGAGAAGAAUUGGAAAAAAAGGCACAAAAGGAUAAGCAGUGUGAACAAGCUGUGUAUCAGACAAUUCUGGAAGAGGAUGUGGAAGAUCCUGUAUACCAGUACAUUGUGUUUGAGGCUGGACACGAGCCAAUCCGUGAUCCCGAAACAGAAGAAAACAUUUAUCAGGUUCCCACCAGCCAAAAGAAGGAAGGUGUUUAUGAUGUGCCAAAAAGUCAACCUGUAAGUGCUGUGACCCAAUUAGAACUUUUUGGGGACAUGUCCACCCCUCCUGAUAUAACCUCUCCCCCCACUCCUGCAACUCCAGGUGAUGCCUUUAUCCCGUCUUCAUCUCAGACACUUCCGGCGAGUGCAGACAUGUUUAGUUCUGUACCUUUCGGCACUGCUGCUGUACCCUCAGGUUAUGUUGCAAUGGGCGCCGUCCUCCCAUCCUUCUGGGGCCAGCAGCCCCUCGUCCAACAGCAGAUUGCCAUGGGUGCUCAGCCACCAGUCGCUCAGGUGAUGCCGGGGGCUCAGCCCAUCGCAUGGGGCCAGCCGGGUCUCUUCCCUGCCACUCAGCAGCCCUGGCCAACUGUGGCCGGGCAGUUUCCGCCAGCCGCCUUCAUGCCCACACAAACUGUUAUGCCUUUGCCAGCCGCCAUGUUCCAAGGUCCCCUCACCCCGCUUGCAACCGUCCCAGCCACGGGUGACUCUACCAGGUCAAGUCCGCAGACCGACAAGCCCAGGCAGAAAAUGGGGAAAGAAAUGUUUAAGGAUUUCCAGAUGGCCCAGCCUCCACCAGUGCCCUCCCGCAAAUCCGACCAACCCUCCCUCACCUGUACCUCAGAGGCCUUCUCCAGUUACUUCAACAAAGUCGGGGUGGCACAGGAUACAGAUGACUGUGAUGACUUUGACAUCUCCCAGUUGAAUUUGACCCCUGUGACUUCUACCACGCCAUCGACCAACUCACCUCCAACCCCAGCCCCCAGACAGAGCUCUCCAUCCAAAUCAUCUGCGUCCCAUGCCAGUGAUCCUACUGCAGAUGACAUCUUCGAAGAGGGCUUCGAAAGCCCCAGCAAGAGCGAAGAGCAAGAAGCUCCUGAUGGAUCACAGGCCUCAUCCAACAGUGAUCCAUUUGGGGAGCCCAGUGGGGAGCCCAGUGCUGAUAAUAUAAGUCCACAGGCCGGUAGCUAGAUAGCGCAGGUCUGGGAGCUGGAGCCUCUCUAUGCGCAGAUCAACAGACCUAAGAAAUAGCAUCAAUGUGGGCUCGUGGCGGAUGCUUCAAGACUGGCAUGGAAAUCAGCAUCGCGACAGGCUCUCUUGUAUUCUUUCACCUCACUUUAUCCCAUGAAGAAAUUCAUGAUUGCCCAAUGGAACUCAUUUUGAAGAGGGAACUAAGAGUUUUUGGCAACCAACAGCAGAUAUCUAUGGCAGCACAAAAACAAAACAAAACAAAACAAAACAAAAAACAUGCAAAAGUGUAACAAAAUCAUACCCAACAUUAAAUCACAAAUCAAGCAAAUGCUUACCCGACAAAUAUUCAGACCUCACUUAGUGUGGGUUGAAGAUGACCCAGAAUGCAAAAUCAUAAUUCUCUUUUUAUUUCUCUACCUGUUGCCCACUGUAGAGAUAUCAAAUUUGGAGUGACAGGCCUCAGAGAGGUACAGUAAGGUUGAGACUGACUUUUUUUAGGCAAAGCAGGAGGUCCUCUGUGACCACAAUCUCAUUAUCCAUGGGCCUUUUGACAUAGGAUGAUGUUUUUUCAUCACUCAAUAGGGCCUUGUCUGCCAUUUUUUUCCCAUUCCUUCCAUUGUCAUGUUUGAAAAUUAAUGGGUGUACAAAUUUUUGUAUUGCGUUUGACUUUUUAAAGAUAUUGAUGAAGAAAUCUAACUGGAAAAAAGUCUCAUAUGUAAUGCAUUAACAUGAAGUCACAAGACAAAUAAGUGGUUGAUUAUUCUUUAUGAUCAAGAAUGUGGCCAAAACAACCCUUUAGCUAUUUCUGCAUCCUGGUGAAGAAAGACAGCUUUCGUUUUGAACCUUCAUUUUGUGAGUAGGAAAGGACAUCAAAUCCCAUUGAUGAAAAAGAUGAAAAAACACAUCUGAUUUCCUAAGAAGCUCUAAAUUCUAAGUACAAUAAAAUGAUAUUUUUUAUUUUUUCCGAUAUCUUGCUGCUGUGAUGCUAUGCAGACAAGUGUCUUCUCCACGUGCCAUUUUCAAAGAAAAGUCAUUUGCCAAAUAAUUCUGGUACAAUCCUGGUAAUGUGGUUUUGGAUCUUAAAAACUGACUUUCUAAUGGAACAAUGAUGAUAUGAAUAUACAGAAUAACAAACUGAUUCUGUGGUCACAGUGGUUCAUCUCUAUCUCUUUUUGUACAUCAGAAAAUUCAAAUGGGAUUUUUAUUUUAUAACUUGAAAAAAACCUUACCAUUAUACUCUUUAAAUAUUUAAGGGAAAUGGCUUUAAGGAGUUCUAAUGAAAAAAAAUUGCCAGUUUUUUUUUUUUUUUUGUAAAUAUAAAUGUUGAUGAAAAUGCUUUUUAAUAAUGCCAUUACACUGUAGAGAAGGUAGCAGAUUGAGUGCAGGAUGUGAUGAACUUGAUGGAUGGAGCUUGCUUUCCAGAUGUUAUUCUGGAGCACACAGGAGGAAGCUGGAGUUCAGGGACAGCUGGCGGCAGCAGUUGGCCAAUCAGCAGCUAGUGAACAGAAAGGGAGCAUGUGACUCCAUCAUCCAAUCUAGCCUUUCCACAAGAGUACCCACCCUCUGCAUCAAACAAGAAAAAGGCAAUUCACAUUUUGAAGGUCUGUCCUUCAGAUUCUAAACCUCCCUCUGACCUCUACAGUCCCACCUACCCCCAUAGAAGUCACUGGACUGUUCAUACAUGAAACAGAAGAAUUUAAGCUUCCUUUUUUUACAUUUAUGAGACAAAAAGUGCAGUGUUUGGUUCGUAUGUUUAGCACAUGAUUUUCAUAAAGAAUCUAUAUAUUUUUGCCCUACAGAGAAUUGUUCUACAGGUCAAAUGUGUUUUCCUGAUGUUCCUAUGCAGUUACAGUAUGUUGAAUUUAGUGGUUUAACACUAAAAAGAAAACUUUGAA